UUUAUUGUGUAUAUUUUUUUUAUUGUAAAUAAUUUUCGUUUGAAUUCGUAUAUAAUUUUUAUAAUCCUAUUGUUCACCGGGCGCCUAGGCCGUGGUUUUCCGCCUGUGGCCAAUCCGCGUGUUCUGCAGACUCGCGGAGGAGGGGGAAGACGCGGGCGCUCGGGCGCGCCGGGUGGAGUGGGAGAGUCAGUCGUCAUCCUGGCAAGAGAGGAAGCGGUCGCGGGAGAGGUGUCGCUCCGCGUUGGUGGUGAGAGAGCUGAGCUGAGACGGGACUUGAACGUGCGUGACGUCAAUGGUAGUCAUGAGCUGUGCCGCACGGGAGUUAGACAUAGUUUCAGUUGCGUUUGAGAAACAGACAUUCCACGUUCAAGUUUUAAUGCGAGUCCUGUGAGUCGUGAACUAUUGGGUCAAAGCUAGCCGUCGCCAGCAUAGUUUUCAUACGCAUUUUCCAGGCAUUGUUAGUAUAGUUUGUCAGUCACCAGGUUGGACGGGAGUCCUUGUAAAAAUGUCUUUGUUUGUUUUAAUUCUAGUGAUCAUGUCAGUAGAGUAUUUACCGGAAUAGGGACAUAUGGACAUCGUGGUGUUUUCUCAUCAUUCUUUCCUUAAGCCACGUCAGCCAUGUCUAGCGUCACCUCUAGUAAGCAAGGGUUUAUAUCGGCACGGGCGGGACGUCCCGUAUUUAACAUAGCAGAAGCGCGCAGAACCGGGCUAUGCCCUAUCUAGAUUGCCACAGGCGGAUCCGCGGUAGCCCCAUGUAAAGUGUGUACAUUGAUGUGUAUAAAGGACCCAGAAACUUCAUUUGGGCUUUUUAUUUUUGGUGAGACUAGAUCCCUCGGCCACAUGGAACGAACCCCCUCUACAGAACCCCUGAGUAGCCGGCAACACCGUAGUAACAUUAGGGACUAGUCCCAGACGUCCACAAGUGUCGCCCAACUAGUGUGGCCAAAUCAAAGUGCGAUUUCAAACUUUUUAAUAUCAAAGGAUUACCCAUGUUGAGCAUCGAAUCGUGGCAAAGUUCAUAGUGCGCGGGAUAACAAGCCUAGUAUUACAGACAUUGUGCGCGGUGCUAAACGCGUCGCGGAGGAAGCCGAGAGACGCGGGAGCAGCUGCACCGGAAACGGGCGUGACGCAGCGGCGCGGGAGCGUGAUAGCGCGGAGCGUCUCACGCAGGCAUCGUAUUUCACAUGGCGAAGAAACGCGGCUUAUCACGGGAUCACGUAACAUGCGAUGGGGAGAACUCACCGACCAGCGUGCGAUAACGUCGCCGGGAGAACAGGAGAUAAUGCAGAGAUAAAUACGUGAGGGAAGAUGAGAUAAGGAAAAAAUGGGAGACACGUACGAACAGUGCGAGUGGUGCGGGUUACCGCACACGGGACUAAUCGGCACGGUCGAUAGUGGAAUGGUAACAUGCACGUGUCCUUGGGGUAGCAUGAUUAAGUCAGACAAAAUGACAGUGCAACACGGACAAACAAACACGGACAGUGCGGAGAACAGUCAAGGACAAGUGGUACAGCCAGACGCAGAUAGCCAAGGGGAAGUGCGGCGCGGAGCAUACGGACAACUGACUGAGUGCGGACAAUGCGGGCACGGACAAUUACAGGUAGUCAUGCAUGUGAUGGAGGUGCCAGAACUUUUACAGAGUUUCUCCGGGGAGGCAUAUGAGGAUCCGUGUACGUUUCUUCAAACUUGCAAGGACAGAUUGAAGGAUAUAUCGUGGGACAGAUGGGUGUCAAAAGUGAGUGGGCAGUUAAGGGGACCCGCACAGAUAUGGUGGGCGGAGGUCGGGCGUUCUCUCGCAGAGUGGGACGAGUUCAAAUGUACAUUGCUGAGACAUUACGACGGAUCAAUGGCACGUUCAAAUUGCGAACUGCAGCUUUAUUGUAUGCCGCAGGAGGAAGAAGAAAGUGCGGAGACGUUUAUUCAUAGAAAAGUGUACCUGUACCGAUGUUGGGCGCAAAUGGACCGUUGAGUGCGGUGGUGCCCAUGAUCUGCGAACAGUUACAUCCGACCUUGAGGCCGUUUUUGCGCAGUGCUAUCAGACUAGACUUGUGGGAAUUUGUGGAGCUCGCACGCAGUGUGGAAGAGGACUUACAGGUGAUCAGGUGCGGGAAUGCGUCGAAGGAUUAUAUGCAGAGAACUGGUGUCAUAGAACAGGAAAAUCGGGAGGAGGCCUGGGCAGUUGUCCCUUACGUGACUCCGCCCCCUCCGCGCGACUCAAGGGCGAUAUCGAUGGCUAGUCACGACCCGGCAACAUGUCAGGAAGAGCGCCGCGUCGACAGACGCGCGACUGUAAGCCGUCCACGUAGGUGCCGGUACUGUGCCGCGGAAGAAUACCACUGGCACACGGAAUGCUCGACAAGAAACCAUGUGUGGAUAAAAAUGACAGACGAGGGACGCCAGCCGGGAAACUACCAGUAGGGGACAGUGAUACAGUCAACCACUGUUCCCGGAGCUUCAGCUUGACUGAACCACGUGAGCCGCAGUUGAAAACGCAGGCGCAGCGGCAUGAGGCAUGUGACUGGCCAAAGGCAUAUACCAGGGUACAGGGAAGAGACGCGCGGACAGCUAGACCCCCGAGGACUGUUACGUCGACAUCAGAGUGUUCGGACAACCUGACGCAACCGGACGGACGGAAACAGCGAGAUAUUUCUACAUUGACGCGGACAAAUCAGCAUUGGCAGUCGCCGAGGGUAAACCUGGACACCGCCACGAGGUUCUCCGAGGGGGCGGCGUCGGUCAUCACACCCAGGGCUGCCAGCGCACCGCGAGCGCCAGUCAUCAACGCCGGACCAACUGAUGUCGCCGGCGAGCUGCCUGGACAACUGGACGUCCCGGCCGACCCUGGCAGACGCAGGGCUGCGUCACCGCGUCUCGGGCAGCUAGAGGAAGACGCAGCCGAGCUCCUCCGGGUGCCAGUCCACCUGAAUGGGCACCCUGUUCGAGCCCUGGCGGACACGGCGGCCAGCCAGACUUUUGUUGCCGCUCACCUGGUGCCGGAGGGGGACGUGGAGCCGUACGAGAGGAACGUCCAGCUGGCAACGUCUGGGUAUGCCAAGAAUGCUUCGACAACGAAGCUUUUGGCUUGGGAAGAAAACUGAAGCCAG